GGGGCGGGGUGGGACCGGUGGUCGGGGCCGCUGUCACAGCUGGGGCUGCGAGCGGGGCGGACGAACGCGCCGGAACUUGUGUGAGGCAACGGGACAAAUAUGCUUAACUUAAGGACUUGUGCGGCAAAGCUGAGGCCCUUGGCGGCCUCACAGACUGUAAAGACAAUUUCCCAACACAAACCGGCAGCACCCAGGACGUUCCAACAGCUCAGGUGCUACAGUGCACCGGUGGCUGCCGAGCCAUUUCUGAGUGGGACUAGUUCAAACUAUGUGGAGGAAAUGUAUUAUGCUUGGCUGGAAAAUCCCAAAAGUGUACAUAAGUCAUGGGACAUCUUCUUUCGCAACGCCAAUGCCGGAGCUGCUCCAGGCACCGCUUACCAAAGCCCCCCUCCACUGAGUACCAGCCUUUCCACCCUGUCCCAAGCCCAGUUCCUGGUUCAGGCACAGCCCAGCGUGGAUAAACUGGUGGAGGACCAUCUUGCAGUGCAGUCUCUCAUCAGGGCAUAUCAGGUCAGGGGUCACCACAUUGCAAAGCUUGAUCCUCUCGGCAUUAGUUGUGUAAAUUUUGAUGAUGCACCAGUAACUGUUUCUCCAAACGUCGGUGAGAAUUACUCUGCAAAUUAAUUCUAAUACCUCGCAGUGUUCAAGGAGCGGCUGAGAGUGUUAACAGUAGGAGGUAUGCAAUUAAUGAGCCUUUAACCCUCUGGAGUGCAGGACUCUCUUUGAAUAGGUUAUUCUGGGGAUGAACCGAGCCGGUAAAGUGAAUCCGCCUCCUCCAUCUCCCACCACUCUUGAGUUUUGUGACAUGUUUUUUUAUUUUGAAUUCAUUCUCAAAGUCUUGAGGUAGGUGUGUGGUUAGUGACACUUGGCCCGUAGAAAUGCUCAAUUUAGAGCCUUGCUGGCCUUUUCUGUGCUGUGUGUUUGCAUGCCUGGCUUGCUAGAGUACACAUUUUGUUGUGAACGUUAAUUUUAUGAGGCCUCAAUCUCCCUGAUUGGUUCAAGGCUCAUAAAAAUCCAAGCUGUCUUCUCCUGGUUUUGUUGCAGGGAAAUUUUGGCAGCUUAUCCCUUGCCUUUACCCCAUCCAAUGGUGUUACUGCCUGUAAAUACUGGGCAUUGUCAAAGAGCUGGCAGGCUGCAGCAAAGCAGAAGCAAAGAUGCUUAGAGCCUCGCAAACUCCUUGUAAAAUCUGAUACUCCCCGAAGUGUGUCAAGAGUCUUCAAAGCAGCAUGGCGGAGCAAGCCAAAGCCCUGUGCCACGGGAUUGGAAGCCUCAGCAAAUUACUGAGGCUUCCCUGAAACCUCCAACAGGCAGUUUGUCUGGGAUGCUACCUACUAAUGCGGCCUCUUUCCAGGAUUUCUGUUUGAAUGGGAACCACAGAGAAGCCCCAGAGACAUGGGGACAAACCCUUAGCUCCUGCCUGAUUCAGUGCUCCCAGGUAUGGCUCCGGAGCAGAGCUCCUGGGGGCUGGCUUCAUUCCCUCCCUUGGGACUCCAGCAUCCAGAGGGGUGAUGAGGGCAGGGAUGGACAGCAGUGACAGCCAGGAACACGUCCACUCCAGGCUGGCUGGGGUGUUCCUUGCCUCUGGAAUCACCCCUCAAGGCCUCACAGGGACAAGCCAUGGCCAGCCCUGUCAUCGUGGAAUCGCAGACUGGUUUAGGUUGUGAGGGACCUUAAAGACCACCCAGUUUCAUGCUCUGCCAUAGGUAGGGACACCUUCCACUCGAUCAGGUUGCUCCAAACCCUGUCCAACCUGGCCUUGAACACUUCCAGGGAUCGGGCUGUCUACAGCUCAUUCUCCAUUCCUGACCAGACAGUCAGGGAUAGACUCUUUUGAAGUUCAAGGAGGGACAGCUCAGGAGGGGCCAAUUUUUGCCUCCCAUUGCCCAGAGGAAGGUGGGUUACACUGUCCUACAGUGUUCCCCAUCCCCUCCAGCUGAGGUCCUGGGCUGGUUUGGAAGGUGCUGGGAGGAGUGGUGGUAACUACCUUCUCUGCAGCUCCUGCCCUGGGUUAGGAGACAGCUUGGGACUUGGCUUUGUUGGGAGUUUGGGAGGGAUGAGCAGGAGCCCAAGGGAGGUACUGGGGCUCUGAACAGACCAUGGGCAGCUCUGCUUGUCCACUCUUUCAUCCGAGCUCCUGCUUCAGAAGGGUCCUGGGACUCCCCAGUUCCUGGCUCUGCUUCUGCCUUGCUGCACUGGUUCAGCGAGGUCACUGUCCCUCCUCCUCUGUGCCUCAGUUUCCCCAAAGACAACCGUGAGUGGUGAUGAGGCAUCUCCGAUGGCUUUGGGGUAUGGCAGGGCUCACCUGCAGCUCUAAAUCCCGUCCUCCAGCUCUGAGCCCUGCUCGGCCCCUCUCCAGGUCCAACCCAGCUCCCAACAGCCGCCAUGCUGCAAAGUAGGAGCUGCCCCCGAACCAUCAGCUGCCAGCACCAAAGGGAAGGGGUUUGCUGAGCAGAGCUAGGCAAAAGCUCUAAUUCUAAGGUUGUUACUUGUGCUGAGGGGAUGGCUGGGCAGCCAAACCCCUGAGGGGCUGCUGGCCGCCUUGCUCCCGGGCUGAGCUAUUCAGGAGAGUCCAUCAGAGCCCUGAUGCCUUUUUUCUUUCUUGGUCGUCUGUCUCUCCUUCUGUGGUGUUUUCUCUGUUUUAACUGUUUCCUUCUCUGUGUCGACUCUCCAUUUUUAAUUCCCACCAUGUGCUGGCACCUCCGGUGUGCUCGGUGACUCCUCAAUUCCUCUGUUUCUUUACUCUCCCCUCUGUUAAAAUUUGUGGUGUAUUUUUUGUGUUCUUGGGGCUCCCUGACUCACCCUGGAUUUUAAUUGCCCAUUCCCAUGCAUAUACAUUGCUUUGUGGUUCGUUUCCUGUGGUGCCUCUAUAAUAAUUCAUUGUUCUAUGCUUAAUCUCUUUUUGUUUAAUUACGGCUUGGUUUUUAUCCAUGUAAACCUCCUUCAUGCUUAUUAUUUUUUUUAUGCUGCUUUCUUUUGUCCCUUCCCGACCUCUCCCUAAUGCACCCGGUCCCCAUGUGACGGUGUCCCGGUCCCUCUUCCUUCUCUCUCUUGCUUGUCCCACCCGUGACAAAUCCUGCAGGCUUUUACGGGCUGGAUGAAUCUGACCUUGACAAGGUUUUCCACUUGCCCACAACCACAUUCAUCGGUGGAAAUGAAUCGGCUCUUCCACUCCGGGAAAUCAUCCGUCGGCUGGAGAUGGCAUACUGCCAGCACAUCGGCGUGGAGUUCAUGUUCAUCAAUGACCUGGAGCAGUGCCAGUGGAUCCGGCAGAAGUUUGAGACCCCAGGCAUCAUGCAGUUCACCAACGAAGAGAAGCGCACGCUGCUGGCCAGGCUGGUCCGCUCUACCAGGUUUGAGGAGUUCCUCCAUCGGAAAUGGUCUUCAGAGAAGCGUUUUGGUCUGGAGGGAUGUGAAGUGCUGAUCCCAGCUUUAAAGACCAUUAUUGAUAAGUCGAGUGAGAAGGGAGUGGAUUAUGUGAUCAUGGGGAUGCCCCACAGGGGACGCCUGAAUGUUCUUGCAAACGUGAUCAGGAAAGAGCUGGAGCAGAUCUUCUGCCAGUUUGACUCCAAGCUGGAGGCUGCUGAUGAGGGCUCCGGUGACGUGAAGUACCACUUGGGAAUGUACCACCGGCGGAUUAACCGUGUCACUGACAGGAACAUCACCCUUUCUUUGGUGGCAAAUCCUUCUCAUUUGGAGGCAGCUGAUCCUGUUGUUCAAGGCAAGACUAAGGCAGAGCAGUUUUACUGUGGGGACACAGAGGGGAAGAAGGUGAUGUCCAUCCUCCUGCAUGGAGAUGCUGCAUUUGCUGGACAGGGCAUCGUGUACGAGACAUUUCACCUGAGUGACCUGCCCUCCUAUACCACCCACGGCACCGUCCAUGUCGUGGUCAACAACCAGAUUGGCUUCACAACAGACCCCCGGAUGGCCCGGUCCUCCCCGUACCCGACCGACGUUGCCCGCGUGGUCAAUGCGCCCAUCUUCCACGUCAACGCAGAUGACCCCGAGGCCGUUGUCUACGUGUGCAAUGUGGCAGCAGAGUGGCGAAGCACCUUCCACAAGGACGUGGUGGUGGAUUUGGUUUGUUACAGGCGCAAUGGGCACAAUGAGAUGGACGAACCCAUGUUCACGCAGCCCCUGAUGUACAAACAGAUCCGGAAACAGAAGCCAGUGCUGCAGAAAUACGCAGAGCUGCUGAUUUCCCAGGGGGUGGUAAAUCAGCCAGAGUAUGAGGAGGAAAUUGCCAAGUACGAUAAGAUCUGCGAGGAGGCCCAUGCUAGGUCCAAGGAUGAGAAGAUCUUGCACAUCAAGCACUGGCUGGACUCGCCCUGGCCAGGUUUCUUCACUUUGGAUGGGCAGCCCCGGAGCAUGACCUGUCCAUCCACCGGCCUCAAUGAAGAAGACCUAACGCACAUUGGUCAAGUGGCCAGCUCAGUGCCAGUGGAGGAUUUCACUAUCCAUGGAGGUUUGAGCCGUAUUCUGAAAACCCGUGGGGAGAUGGUGAAGAACCGGACAGUCGACUGGGCUCUGGCAGAGUACAUGGCAUUUGGCUCCCUGCUUAAAGAGGGCAUCCACAUCCGCCUGAGCGGCCAGGACGUUGAGAGGGGGACAUUUAGCCAUCGCCACCAUGUCCUGCAUGAUCAGAACGUGGACAAGAGGACCUGUAUCCCCAUGAACCACCUCUGGCCCAACCAGGCUCCGUACACUGUCUGCAACAGCUCCCUGUCAGAGUAUGGUGUCCUGGGAUUCGAACUGGGCUUUGCCAUGGCCAGUCCCAACGCCCUGGUGCUUUGGGAAGCCCAGUUCGGGGAUUUCCACAACACUGCUCAGUGCAUCAUCGACCAGUUCAUCUGUCCUGGGCAGGCCAAGUGGGUCAGGCAGAACGGCAUCGUCUUGCUGCUUCCCCAUGGCAUGGAGGGCAUGGGUCCCGAGCACUCCUCUGCUCGCCCGGAGCGAUUCCUGCAGAUGUGCAAUGAUGAUCCCGAUGUCUUCCCUAAGCUGGAUGACUUUGAUGUGCGCCAGCUCUAUGAGUGCAACUGGAUCGUUGUGAACUGCUCCACUCCAGCCAACUUCUUCCACGUCCUCCGGCGCCAGAUCCUCCUGCCCUUCCGCAAACCGCUGAUAAUCUUCACUCCAAAGUCACUGCUGCGCCACCCUGAAGCCCGCUCAAGCUUUGACGACAUGCUGCCAGGCACCCACUUCCUCCGUGUCAUCCCUGAUAGUGGCCCCGCAGCCCAGAAUCCUGAGCAGGUGAAGCGGGUGCUCUUCUGCACUGGCAAGGUGUACUACGACCUGACGCGGGAGCGCAAGGCCCGGCAGAUGGAGGCCGACGUGGCCAUCACCAGGGUGGAGCAGCUCUCCCCGUUCCCCUUUGACCUCCUCCAGAAGGAAGCCCAGAAAUACCCAGCUGCUGAGCUGGUGUGGUGCCAGGAGGAGCACAAGAACCAGGGCUACUACGACUAUGUCAAACCCCGGCUCCGCACCACCAUCAACCGUGCCAAGCCCGUCUGGUAUGCAGGGCGGGAGCCAGCAGCAGCCCCUGCCACCGGCAAUAAGAAAACCCACCUGACGGAGCUGCAGCGGCUCCUUGACACGGCCUUCAACCUCGAUGCCUUCAAAGACCUGGCCUGAGCCCUGGCGUCGCACAGCAUGCUCCUCCAUCUCUCUAUCUGUUUGUCUGUCCCUUGCUCGCCUCCCCCACCCCUGGAACUACAGACCUUGUCAACCCCA